UUCCUUUUUAGAUCUCUCCAUUCCUUCUGAAUGCAGUUGUUCAUCAGUGACAUGAGUUCAGUCCUCCUAAGCAAACAAACGUCGAUUUUGUCAAAGAUUACUGAGAGCUGCUAAUCAACAAACCUGAAUAAUAAAGAAAGAUGGCAGCAGCUGUUGGACUGUUGCUGAUGAUACUUGGAGUCUCUCAAGGUCUGUCAGCUCACUGUGAUGUCAGAAAGGAUGGAGUUCAAUGUAACGUGACUUUGGGAGAAACUGUGUUUCUACAGCUGAUGAACAACACUUCGGGAAUUAAAAUUGACUUGAAAAAGGAAAAUGUAAAUUUACUAAGAGUGAGGGAAAAUGGAAUAGCUGUAAAUGAACUAAAAGACAGAUCAGAUUUUAUACCCAAUAAUGGAACAUUCAGGAUUAAUGACCUGAAACACAGUGACAGUGGUAAAUAUAACCUUACAGUCUUUGAUACAGAUGGGAAGUGGACAGAAACUCGAACUUUUCAUUUGUCUGUUCAAGCGGUGAAAACUUUCUGUGACGGCAGACAAAAUGGAUCUCAGUGUUUUGGAGUUUUGGAAGGAGAAGUAGAAGUUCAGCUGAUGGACAACGUGUCAGAAAUACCCAGAUUCAGAUGGACAAUGAAUAAUAUUGUGAUACUCAAUUGGACGAAUGAAAAAGACAUUGGUUUAAAGAACGACGACAGAAUAACCUUUGUUCCCAGUAAUGGAUCAAUCAGGAUCAAUGACCUGAGAAGGACUGAUAGCGGUGAAUGUAAACUUGAAAUGUUUGAUGGAAAUAGAAAAAAGACAUUGAAAACUCUGCAACUAUUUGUUAUAGCUCCUGUGUCCUCUGUCCAGCUGGUUGCUGAGUGUUUGCUCCAGGGACAGAUGAAGGUGUCCUGUGUGUCUCAAGGUGACAGUCCUCAGUACAGCUGGACUCUGGAUGGACACACACUGACAGACUCUGAGCUCUUCUCUAGAAAUACUGAGACCAACAUCAUCGUUCUGAGACAAAACAUCCUAGGACAUCUGGUCUGCUCAGUCAGGAAUCUAGUCAGUAACUCCUCACAAGAGAUGAACUUAACUGGCUGUGAACCAUCCUCCUGGCUCACUUUGGGAUUGCGUAGCAUAGUUGUGGUUCUUCCUUUAAUUGGCCUUUGUCUCUACGUCACUUGGAAGCAAAAGAAAUAUGAAAAAGCCAAAUCCUCGGCCAUCCCACCCACAGUGGAGAAUCCAGAGGACUCUGUCCUGAUGGUUCAACUGAGCUCUGCACCUUAGAUUGAUGACAUUAUGACUUUAAUUUGUAAAAAUUCAACAUAAGCUCACAAAUAUAAACAUGUAAAUAGUUCUGGGAUUUGCUGCCAUGUUUCAUGAGUGUUUUAUCAUACAACAUUCCAAUCUGUCUUAUUUCAAUUAUGUUAAAGUGAAACUUUUUGUUUAAUUUCUUUCUUGUGAUAUAUAUAGUCAACAUUCUGUCUCAUGUUUUUUAUGUAUUUUCCAAUUUAUUGUGCUUUCAAUAAAUUAGCAUUCAUCUAUUAUUGAGUUGUACUAUGAGCUUAUUAUGAGAUACAAUGGUGUGAAUAAGUGUUUGCCCUGAUUUCCUGUUUUUUGUAUGUUUCUCACACUUAACUUAAACUAACUUACUUCUAAGGACGUCUUACAUGUGUUGGAACCACUGAAGUAAACAGUAGUAGUCAUACAAAACCAGCAGGGGAAAAUAGAAACUUCACAGAAAAUAUCUGAACAUGUAGCAAACAUGGAAGUUGUUUUUGUUUUUCUUGAUGCAACUUGGACUGUUUUAAAUGUGUGUACAAUAAAUAAACUACAUGUUACAAGAAUCUAUUUUUUUUAGCAACUGUAUAAGCAUAAGUAUUUUAAAUAAACUUUAUUUGUAUAAAGAUCUCUCUUUCUGAUUGUAAAUAAGUUUAAAUUUCUUUUCAAAAAAAGAUAUUUAUCAAGUGCUGAUUCGAAACUACUGUCAUCAUUUGUGUUAUAAUUUUGUUUGUGCCUUUUUAUUCAGUUACAAUAACAAAAUUGCUUUUUCAGGAAAUGGACACACCCUUUAAGAAUUAUUUCAAUAUUCAUCACCUCAUUAUAUAGAAACCUGUUUAAAAAUGUUUCUCAAAAAACGUGUCAUUCUUAGAGAGUGGAAGUCUGCCUCACCUCCCUCCUUUAAAUGCUGGCUGAACAACAUGACUUCCUGUUUACAUCUUGAAAAAAUACGCUACACUCUCAAUAAUAAUGUACACAGAUAUGUUGGGACGUGGGGGCCAUUCCUUGAACUUUUGAGUAAUACCACUGGACACGGGUAGUGACAGACUAGCGUCUGCUCUGUGGCCCUGCUGCCUCCCUGCCUGUCAGAAAGGCUGUAGGUUGGCCUCUCGGUUGGUACACAAGACACUUAAAACACCCUGAUGCACUCAUUUCCAGCAGUAUGCGGAGGAGCUGAAUAUUUUAUUUAGUUAUCUUACUUGUUUUAGUUGUACAUAUUAACCUUCUCUCUUUUUUUCUUUU